UAUUCUUCUAACGAAAGUCUCCGAGAAUUCGAUUCGAUUCGAUGAAGGCUUCUCGAGUCUUGGCGGCGAGGGUUGGACCGGCGAUAAGGAAGCAAGUGUUAACCAUAACGGACGAAGCUGCCUCUAGGGUUCAUCAUCUCUUGCUCCAGAGGCAAAAACCUUUCCUCCGAUUGGGCGUUAAAGCAAGAGGCUGCAACGGUUUAUCAUACACUCUCAAUUACGCACACACAAACCAUUUAUUGUUAUCAGAUGAGAAAGGGAUAUUCGAUGAGCUGGUGGAGGAGAAAGGUGUGAGGAUCCUUGUGGAACCCAAGGCUUUAAUGCAUGUGAUUGGAACAAAGAUGGAUUUCAUAGAUGAUAAACUAAGAUCAGAGUUUGUGUUCAUCAAUCCGAACUCGCAAGGUCAAUGCGGGUGUGGUGAAUCUUUCAUGACGACAUCUACUUCCUCGAGUGCUAAACAGAGUGGAUAGUGUUGGCUGCUGCACUAUCAUAUACUAUUAUCACAUUGUUACUAUAUAAUCAGAGUCGUUGAUUGGAAACAAGUCUGGUCGCUGCUCAUAGAUAUUCCUGAAGCUUGUGAUUUGUGGAGAUCAAUUAAUGUAUUCUUUAGAACACAAAGUUAUAAUAAAAUGUUGGAUUAUGUAAAAAGUAACUGAACGUAGAAUCAGGAAUUUCGCUAUA